AUGCCGGAGUUUAAAAAUUCAUACUCGGAUACAACAAUAAAAUAUAAACAACAAAAGGCAAGCUUGAGUAACGGGCAGAAAGAGAAACCGAGCCGGGCGCUAUGGGAGAACAAUUCUUGCGGUUCAUACAGGCUAGCGUGCUCGAAUAUUACAGCUAUUAAUAAGAUUCCUGGGAGCAGACGCCAGCGGAGAAGAAUGGCGUACCAAACAAAGAUACCGCGCUUUAUACCUUAUAUUAAUUUCAUAUCGGAUCGGCGACAUUCGCUAAAAAUAUCGAGCGAAAAUUCGUCGACCUCUUAUAAACUGAACGAUGUAGUUGAAAUUGAAUGUUACACGUUGAACUUCGCCCACGCGGAAUUUUCACAUGAGCCAACAGAAGCACAUAUUGGCUCCGAAGAUCCAAUUAAACUUUUCAUCACAAUUCCGAAACUAAUUUCCAAUAGUUUGACAGAGUCAGCUGAACGGUGGGCAGAAGCGUCUGACGACACGAAAUUAUUGGGCAAACGUUUGCAGAGGCGAGUGGACGGAGGCAGGAGUGGUUGUGAGGAGCUUGUGCCAACUGCACCUAUUAUACAUCGGUACGGCACCAGUUGCUCUUAG